GGAAAGGGAAGGCCACGGGGCAACCAGCCAGAGACCCCAAUUCUAGGCUGAACACUAUCAGCACCUUCUUUGUAGGAAAAAAAUCACUCAGCAUAGGAAAUUCCCUCUCUCCAGGUAGACUUUCUUUAUAGUCAUUCAUUUGGCAUGUAUUUCUUGCAGUCGUGAGUCUGAUAUCAUAGUAGGAAGGGCAGGCAGAAAAGAAGCUACUUACAGUAACAGCAACCACCCGCCUAGCACCGUUGUAAGCUCAUCAAAUGUCUUCACCAAACUCCUCCAAUAUUGGGUCCCUAAUAGCCCCAUUUUACAAAGGAGGAAACUGAGGUAAAAGAGAUUACAUGACUUUCCCAGGACUACUUAGCUAAUAAGUACUACACUUUAUCCCUUAUCACUAUGCUAUGCUGUCCCAAAUAAUAACUACACAAAAGCAUUUCAGGCAGUGAUAGUGCUAUGCAAGAAGAGAGUGACUGGGGGUUAUGUUGAAGGGGGAAGUCAGGGAAGGCCUCUCAGAGGGGGUGAUUUUUGUGCUGAGCCCUGAGCCAUGAGGUGGAGCCUUCCUGUCUCUUAUUUCCCUUUCUUCAGGCGUCAGUUCAUAUUGGUCUUGUUUAUUGUCUCUGUUGUGUUUGUUUGUUUGUUUUCCUGUCUUUCAAGUGUUGGUCACUGGUUCAAAUCUAUGAAUGCGGGACAGUGUUUUGAGCAACAGGUGUGGGCUUCCUCAGCUGGGGUCCAGUGCAUCUAUUUGCGGAAGAGAAAACUCAGGCCCAAAGAGACUAAACAACUUUCUUAAGGCCAUGCAGUCAGUAACUGGUGAAGCCAGAUUGUUAAGCCCAAGUAUUUUAACUCCAGAGUUUGCAUGCUGAAAAAUGAUGCUCUGUUGCCUCUAAAAUAAUUAACAAGCAAGAGAAUUUCUACUGGUGAUAACGAACGGGAAUGUUGGAAUUUGGGGGCUGUGGGACCUGUUGACUGACAGGCUUCAUUAGAAGGAGCAGGUAACUCGUGGGCCCCAAAUGCAGGAAUGCCAAGUUGUUGCUUUGGCCUGUCGGCCCUGUUAGUGGUAGUGGGUUGAGAGAGUGAUGGUCGUGGGGGUUGUAAUGUUGGAAAAGAGCUAAGUGCUGUGAGGCUGCACUGCCUUUUAGCUAAUUUUUUUAAGUUUAUUUAUUUUUGAGAGAGAGAGAGCACAGGGGAGGGGCAGAGAGAGAGAAUCCUAAGCAGGCUCUACACUGUCAGCACAGAGCCCGACACAGGGCUCAAACUCACAACCCUUGAGAUCAUGACCUGAGCUGAAAUCGAGAGUCGGACAUUCAACUGACUGAGCUAUCCAGGUGCCUCCAGGGUGUUGUGGUUUAUACAGCUCGUGUAUUCUCUCAACAAAAUCCGCGACAAUUGCUCAUGUGUCAUCUUCUCAGUGACUACCCUAGUUUUGACAUCGUAUCCCUUGCCCUCACCUCUCCAGAUGAUCAGCUCAGUGGCAGGUGUGAAUGAAUGUGACGAUACCACCGUGUGCCCAGCUUAUGCAACCUGCACCAACACUUUGGACAGCUACUACUGCACUUGCAAAGGAGGCUUUCUGUCAAGCAAUGGACUGAUGCGGUUCCGGGGCCCAGGAGUAACAUGCAAAGAUAUAGAUGAAUGUUCUCAAAGCCCCCAACCAUGUGGUGCCAACUCAGCCUGCAAAAACCUUCAGGGGAGAUACAAGUGCAGCUGCUUGCCUGGUUUCUCUUCUCCCACUGGAAAUGACUGGACCCCGGAAAAGCUGGGUCAUUUCUCAUGCACAGACAUCGAUGAAUGCCUCUCCGAUGGGGUCUGCCCAGAGCAUGCUGAGUGUAUCAACUCCUUGGGAAGCUACAAUUGCAGCUGCCAGGUUGGAUUCAUCUCUCACAACUCGAUCUGUGAAGACGUGGAUGAAUGUGCUGACCCCGCAACUUGCCCGGAGCACGCAACUUGUCACAACAGUCCUGGAAGCUACUCUUGUGUCUGCAACCUAGGAUUUGAAUCCAGCAGUGGAAACAUGAGCUUGCAGGGCCCAGGAGACAUAUGUGAAGAUAUUGAUGAGUGCCUUUACAUCAGCCUUUCCAACGCAACAUGCACCAACACCCCUGGGAGCUACUUCUUCACCUGCUCUCCUGGCUUUGCACCAAGCAAUGGACAGCUGAACUUCACAGGCGAAGACGUGGAAUGCAGAGAUAUCGAUGAGUGCUCCCAGGACCCAUCACCAUGUGGCCCCAGUUCUGUCUGCACCAAUGCCCCGGGCUCCUACAGCUGUAGCUGCAUGGAGGGCUUUCGUCCCAAUCCAGAAGGCUCCUUCAACUUCAACUGCAAAAGGAUUCCCUUCAAGUGUAAAGAAGAUGUGAUACCCAACAACGAGUGGGUCCAGCAAUGCCAAGUGGGAGAAGCAGUGAUGGCUGAAUAUGGUUCCUUCUGUACACUAAUGAAUACCACCUUCAGUGUUCUGGACAAUGCCUGUGAAAACAAAACCACCGUGGUUUCUCUGAAGAGUGCGGCUGAGAGCCUUACCUCUGUGCUCGAACAAACAUCCACAUGGUCCAACUUCUCCCAAGAGGAGACCUCUGCCCUGGCCACUGCCAUACUGGAGAGUGUGAAAAGCAGCACCCUGGCAGCUUUCCUGAAACCCUCAGCCAAUGUCACUCAGACUGUUCAGACGGAACACUUGGAAAUUGAAAGCAAGAUCAUCCAGGGAGAAUGUGCUGAAGAGAACAUGAUCCUUCACUUCAAAGCCAAAGGGAAUGAGAUGAAAAUCCGGUGCUCUACAAUCAAGGAAUCUAAAUCCAUAGGGAAUAUCACAGGGACCAUCGGGGUAGCUUUUGUCUCCUUUUCGAGGAUGGAGUUGUUUUUAGAUGAGAGUUUCUUCCAAGACCCUCAGAACCCCUUGGCCAAUUCCCAGAGGAGGCUAAAGAUGAAUUCUCACGUUGUGCAGGGCAUCAUGACUGGGGAGAAGCAAGAUGGGUUCUCUAACCCAGUCAUUUACACGCUGGAGAACAUCGAGCCAAAGCAGACGUUUGAGAGUCCUAUCUGUGUUUCCUGGGACACAGAUAUGGAGGGUGGCAGGUGGAUACCCUCUGGCUGUGAGAUCCAUGAAGUUUCUGAGAUGUAUACUACGUGCAGCUGUUAUCACAUGAUGAACCUGGCCGUCAUCAUGGCUUCUGGGGAGCUCACGAUGGAGUUACCCUUGCACAUCAUUAGCCACGUGGGUUUGAUCAUCUCCCUGGUGUGUCUCAUCUUGGCCAUCGCCACCUUCCUGCUGUGUCGUGCCAUUCACAACCACAACACCUACCUCCACCUGCACCUCUGCGUAUGCCUCUUCUUGGCCAAGACUCUCUUCCUCACCGGUGUAGACAAGACUGACAACCAGAUGGGCUGUGCCAUCAUUGCAGGCUUCCUGCACUACCUUUUCCUCGCCUGCUUCUUCUGGAUGCUGGUGGAGGCUGUGAUGCUCUUUCUUAUGGUCAGGAACCUGAAGGUGAUGAAUUACUUCAGCUCUCGCAACAUCAAGAUGUGGUACCUCUGUGCCUUUGGCUACGGGCUCCCAGGGCUGGUGGUGGCUGUCUCAGCCGGUGUGCAACCACAGGGUUACGGGAUGCGUAAUCGCUGUUGGCUGAACACAGAGACAGGGUUCGUCUGGAGCUUCCUGGGACCAGUCUGCACCAUCAUCCUGAUCAAUUCCAUCCUCCUGACUUGCACAUUGUGUAUCCUGAGGCAGAAGCUUUCCAGUGUCAAUGCUGAGGUCUCCACGCUCAAAGACACCAGGUUACUGACGUUCAAGGCGUUUGCCCAGCUCUUCAUCCUGGGGUGCUCCUGGGUGUUGGGCAUUUUCCAGAUUGGAUCCAUGGCCAGUAUCAUGGCCUACCUGUUCACCAUCAUCAACAGCCUGCAGGGGACCUUUAUCUUCAUCAUUCACUGUCUGCUCAACCGCCAGGUGCGGGAAGAAUACAGGAAGUGCAUUACCAGGAAGACCAAACGUAGCCCUGAGUCCCAGACCUCAGGGAUGUUACUGUCCUCUGUCCCCUCCACCUCUAAAUCGGGCUAAAGAUCUUUCUUACUGCCAGUAUGCUAUGAAGCAACAUUUGAGGAAAGCAGAUACCUACCGGAGCCUUCUCUGAAAUCUCUUCCCAGCUUAAUGUGCAGAUGUGGGAUCCUGCCAGCCCCAGAACUCUCUGGGAAGCAAGAAUU